AUGGCACAUGAAGCUAUAGCACGUACCUGUGUUUCAGUCAAUGCCUCUACAGAGAAUAGAAAAAAAAAGGCUUUACAAAAUGGGCCCUUAUUUUUUGCCACCUCAUUGACCCAUCUCAAGAGGAACAACAUCCACAUUGCUUGUCCUAUCCGAAUUCUGACAGAGACACUUCAUUUUGUGAGAGAAAACGAUCCAAUCCUCGGUGUAUUUGAUCAUAUAAUUCUUUGGGGUUGUUUCUUAUCAUCUGAAGCCUUGGAAAUCUUGUUAAAAUGUAAGACAACAGUAUCACAAAGUCAUUUCAAGUCAAAUUUUGAUCAAAUGUAA